GAGAACCACUUGUGUUACCCAGCGGUACAAUGCUUUGUGCCGCGACAGGUAAAGCGAGGAGACAGCUUGAUCGAGUCUUGCUAAGGGCAGGAGAGGAGUAAGAAAGUCAGGGAGCCUCCGAGGAUGAGAGGGCGAGCGCUAUGAACAAGCUAACAAUGGAAUAUACCUGGCUGAGGCUUCAGUUUCUUGCGCAGCUUUCUGGGGUUGGGGUCACCGGUCAUUCCAGUGCGAGUGCGGCCACCGCAGUCGUAGUGGUGCCUUACAGUACGUCACGGGGGCGAGAUGAUCCAAGUUGUGUACAAUUGUUGGUGCAGUCCGGGCUCCGGGCGCCGAACGACUCUUGGUUGGCGCUUGUCAUGCUGCCUGGAGGGAGCCGACUAGUAGCCUAAAGUACCUACGUAGCGAUAUUCUCUUUAUUUCUGCCGACACUCACACUUCACCCCUGCUGCUACUAGUAGCAGACACCUACAGACCCGGCUCUCUGAUGACUUCAUCUCGCACAAUAAGACCUACACAGUACCUAGGUAAUCACAUCUCUGAUUACCUAGGACAAGAAGCUGUAAUGAUAGCCAGUGCUCUACAUACCAUCUUGGGUCCUCCCGUUCAAGAUGCUGAGGAAGAAACAUUCCUCCUGUACACUCAAGACAUCCCCAGCAACAAUCUCGGCAUGGUCGAUGCCAAAGCCGAAACCGUCGAGAUUGAGAUUGGCGGUCAUGAUUAUGUUCUCCGACAGUCGCCUGGUCUUUUGACCUCGAACCGAGCAGGAGGUACCACUGGUGCGGCCUUGUGGAAAAUUACGCCGCUGUUAGCGAGCUGGCUUGCAUCGUUGCCGCCUCUCCUUCGCGACCUGGGCGCUCUCCAUUCCGAGUCAACGGUUGUCGAGUUGGGCUGUGGAGUGGCGGGAUUGUUGGGCUUGGUGCUGUCUCGCGUGGUCGGAUGUUAUGUGCUUACAGACCAGGAGUAUGUGAUGAAAUACUUGAAAGAAAACAUCCUCAUGAACACAGCAGCCCGAAAAUCGGCCACAAGGACUUCGAACAGGAAAGGCAAUGCACAACUUGAAAGGUAUCAACCGAGAGACAAUCUCAGAAUGGUUCCGCUCGACUGGGAAACUACCGAUGUUGGAAUCUUGACCUCUACCAUAGGCCCCCAAGGCUCUAUAGACCUUCUGGUUCUCUGCGAUUGUGUCUACAAUGAUUUCCUUGUCUCGCCCCUGGUGCAAACCUGCAUCGACAUCUGCCGUCUGGGAACCACUGCCGAAAAGAACACCAUCAUCGUCAUAGCCCAACAGCUUCGAGCCGAUUCCAUCUGCGAAUUAUUCCUGGCUACCUUGAUGAAGCAUUUUGACGUUUGGCGGGUUCCGGACGAGAAGAUUUCGGCAGAGUUACGUUCAGGAUCAGGCUACGUCGUCCAUCUCGCGACGCUCAAGGGUUGAAGAGGCAGAGGAGCGCAGUAACUGAGACGACAUUAGAUACUCUUGCAAUACGAUAUCCACAUUCUUCAAUGCA